CUUCCUGUUUCUCCAGCUGACUGCACACACACUUCAGCCUCCUCCAGCUGCAAUGGCUCAGGCCCUGCUCAGUGUGGACAAUGCCCAGUUCAGCUGCUCUAUCUGUCUGGAGUUGCUCAGGGAUCCAGUCACUAUUCCAUGUGGCCACAGCUACUGCAUGAGCUGCCUCACAAAAUACUGGGACCGUCAGGGAGUCUGCAACUGUCCACAGUGCAGAGCCACCUUCAGUCCCAGACCCAAGCUGGGUAGGAACAACCUGCUGGUAGAGAUGAUGCAGAAACUCAGUGCUGUGGGGCUGACUAAGGGCCCCUCUGCUCCCCCUCUGUAUGAGCUCUUGGCCCCUGCAGAGGGGGGCUUUGAGCACCCCACCUUUGAUGUGUCCUCUGUGCGUCCUGAAAGGACUGAUGGACAGAGGCUCCUGGGAGAAACACGGAGACAGUUGGCAGCACAAAUUAAAGAGAGGGAGUUCGAGGUUCAGCAGCUGAAACAAAGUCUGAAGUCUUUCUCUCAUAUGGCCAAAGCAGCGGUGAAGGACAGCAGCAGGAUCUUCUCAGAACUGAUGGAGUUUUUGGAGCAUCGUCGUGUUGAGAUGAAGGCGCUCAUCAGGGCUCAGGAGAAAGCUGAACUGAAUCGAGCUGAAAACCACCUCCAGCAUCUGGAGCGACAGAUCUCAGAGCUGAAGAGGAGAGACACUGAGCUGGAGGGACUUUCUCACACUCAGGAUCAGCGGCUGAUUGUGCAGAUAUGUCGUAGUCCAGUCCCUGCAGAGGCAAGCAGCUCUCUGACAGUCAGUCCACAUGUCUCCUUUGGACCUGUGAGGAGGGCCAUCUCAAACCUGAAGGAACAGCUGCAGAAUCUGUACCACACUGAAUUUCCAAGUGUCACCUCUGCAGUAAAAACUGUAAACCUUUUGCAGAUGGAAAAGCCCAACAAGGAAGUGUGUGAUGCAGCACAUGUUCCUGCUUUGGACAACAGAGCUGAUCUCCUGCAGUAUUUUUGUCUGCUGUCUUUGGACCCGUUCUCAGCACACAGGGAGCUUUGUCUGACUGAGGGAAACCGUGUGGUCAGACGAACUGGAGAAAUACAGACUUACCCUGAACACCCUGACCGGUUUGACUCGUGGGUCCAGGUGCUGUGUCGUGAGGGUCUAACAGGCCGUAACUACUGGGAGGUGGAGUGGGACGGCCAGCAGAUGGCACUGGGGCUCAGCUACGAGAACAUUGGAAGAAAGGGAUCAUCUGAUCACUGCAGGCUGGGAUACAAUCAUCUGUCCUGGAGUCUUCAGUGCAGCUCGUCCUCCGUGGUCUUCUGUCAUGAAAAACAGAAGAAGGUGGUGGAAGUUCCCUCUGGCUCUGUAUCCCGCAGGAUUGGGGUGUUUCUGGACCAAGAUGUAGGUCUGCUCUGCUUCUACAUGGUGACAGCUAGAGGAGUCCACCUCCUGCACAGGGUGGAGACCAAAUUUGACAUGCCUCUUUACCCUGCAAUGUGGCUUGGAGCCAACUGUACCAUCACACUCUGUACCGUAAACUGAGCAUGGUCAUCAAAAUAUUUAGAUAUAUUAUGUCACUAAACACAGACUUUUUGGUGUUAUUUAAAAAAAA